AUUGAACAUAAAGUGAGGAAAACGAGUCAAUUCAUCAUUUGCUCUCUGCUCUGCUUGUUCAAAUUUUAGGAGCGGAGAAUCCAGAGAAAGAGAGAUGUCUGGUAUCGCCCGUGGACGUCUUGCCGAGGAGCGAAAGUCAUGGCGCAAAAACCACCCUCAUGGUUUCGUUGCCAAGCCCGAGACUCUCCCUGAUGCCACCGUUAAUUUGAUGGUCUGGCAUUGCACUAUUCCUGGCAAGGCUGGGACUGAUUGGGAGGGUGGAUAUUUCCCACUGACAAUGCACUUCAGUGAAGAUUACCCUAGCAAGCCUCCCAAGUGCAAAUUCCCUCAAGGUUUCUUUCACCCCAAUGUGUAUCCAUCUGGAACUGUUUGCUUGUCUAUACUUAAUGAAGAUAGUGGAUGGAGACCAGCUAUAACGGUGAAGCAAAUUCUUGUGGGCAUCCAGGACCUGCUUGAUCAACCAAAUCCUGCUGACCCUGCCCAGACUGAGGGUUAUCAUCUAUUCAUCCAGGAUGCGGCUGAGUACAAGAGAAGGGUCCGACAGCAGUCAAAGCAAUAUCCACCUCUUGUCUAGUGUUAUAUCUGCUCAAUAUAGGAACUAUUAUAGUAUGUUAGUUGUUGUCAGUUAUUUCUUGUUCUGUUUUAAAACUGUUAUGUGAUUGUUGGCUGCCAUAAUAUGCAGACUCCAUGGUUUUAACAAUUUCUGCUUACUCUCAGGUCUUGGAUAACAUGUUAAUAUAUAACAAUGUGAAAGUCAACCAAUAAUACUUGUUGGCGACACUUGCUAUGCCUGAUGUUCGCUGGUACAUUCCUAUAUGAGUGGAUAAAUUUACUGUGAUGGAUCAUAUGAUAUCAUGACUCCUUCCCCGGAAUUUUUCUACUCUGAAUUUGUUGUUUCCGUUCUGGAGAUCAAACCUAGACCUAGUAGCCAAUUGAUUGUCAUUUUAAUUUAACACCUGUAUCCAUGUCCCAUGGCAGCAUAAAUUAUCACUGAAAAUUUUGCUACCUAGGUGAUGAUGAAGAUUUUUCUUCUGGCAAUUUGCUUCAGUGGCAUAUGCUGUGAAAGCUGCUUGAUUCCUCCCCCAAGCAAAAGAAGCGGGGGAGAAUAUUCACAAUAUUGCUUAUCCAUUAAGGUGUAAGAAUGACUUUUGCACUCGUUACAUACCAUAUGUUUUUCACUUUUUUUUCCCAUUACGUUUAUGUGAGGUUUAGUGGAGAGGUAGAGUUGGCUUAUGUAUGAUGUAAAUUUACGUGCUGAUACCUGAAUGUAUGGAUCCUAAAAGGAAAUGGAAUUCUGCCCAUUUCCGUGGAAUUAAAUGACUUGGCCUUUCCGUCA